AUUCCCAUGUCAAUUGCACUAGGCAUUAAAAGCAAAAUAUGUUUUUUGGUGAUAGUAUGUGACAAGAAUGCCAUAUUUGUCUAUGCCUUUGAAUAUAAAUGUCAUCCAAUAAAUCCAUUGUGAUAUAACGGAGUAGACUUGUGAAUUUCAUUCACACCAUUUUGUGUAUGUAACCCAGAUACCAUAUAAUGCAAUGUCCUUUCAGCAAAGCCAAUCGAUUGUGUUCCAGCUGUGCUCUCCCCAUGAGGAUGUGGAUUCAUUACAUCAGAAUCAGAUGGAUAUUGGGUGACAGAAAGCCCUGGCAGCAUUAAACUUGUUUUACUCCUGCUGCUCUAGCCUGGUGGAGAAACAUCUGCUUGUGAAAGGAUGCACUUUUAAAUAUAUUUCUUUAGAAGAUCAUUCAUUCUUCAGAUUCCUGGAACCUUAACAACAAAUUUUAUACAGACCCCCAAAACUCUGCAAAGAUCACAUACCCAAAUCAGAGCUGAACAAAUCAUUUUCAGGAAUUACAAGGGAGGCAUCAACAGAGUAAAAUAGCUAAAUACUGAUAGUGUAGAGAGUAUAAGAGAUGGAAAGAUACUUCACACCUGUGUAUGGCUCCUCAGAGGAUGAGGUGAAAAUGUACAAACAUUACCAUCCCAUACCUCAACAGCAUCAUCAAAACCAUCAUUACCAGCACAACCAUUAUCACCACCGCGGACCACACAGUCCCAACUCUUCAAGCAGUCACGUAAAACACGCUGAUAAACAUACUCACCAUCACCACGGCAACCAGCAUCACUUUUAUCAUCCCGCAAACCCUAAAAUGUCUGGAGACCAUCACAGCUUCUCUAAAAUGUCUUCCUCCAGCCUGUCCUCCUCCACUUCCACUUCUUCAUCUGCAUCUUUGACCUCUGACCCCAGCCUGGAUGAUGAGACGAAUCUCAUGCACAAACCCCAGCAUUCCCUGUCCUGCUCCAACAUCCCUGAGGUCCGAAGGAAAAGCCAUGACAGAGAAUCCGUGGAUUUUGAUUUUGAUCAGAGAGAUCAGAGGCACCGCCACAGUCUAGAAAAUGCAAUCGAACUGCUGCCUGGUUCUCAGCAUGGGCAUUGGAUGCCAAAACUCUCCCGGGGCCAUAGCAAAAGUGAAGAGGGCCUUCAACAAAACAAGCACAAAGAUGGUUACUCAGCAGGAUCUCACUCCAUGGAUCAUGGGCCACUUUACAAGACUGCAAGCCUGGGGCAAAGCCUUGCAUUUGGGGGCAAUACUGACAACACUCUCGGUGGCAGAGUGGUUCCCAAGAAGGCAGUUUCAUCUAUUCAGUUGCCCAGCAAAGGUAUUCUGAAAAAUAAAGAUGAGGGACAGAAAGAUGGAAACUUCAGGAAAGCGAAGUCUAUGGAGGUGCUCUCCACCCGGGUGCACGUCACAGGAGCAUCCAAGCAGAUCUCUAAGGAAGCUGCGAGGGAUAACUUUGUGAAAGGGAAGCUACAGUUCUCUGCAUUUCUGGACGAGAUCACCAAGCAGGUUAUCAGUCCCUGUGCUCUUAACUCUUUUGGUAUAAACACAUCAACGCCACCAAAAUCACCCAAUGAAGAGCGCACGACCCGCAGCGGCAAGCAGGAGAGCUUUGUGCCACCACCAAAACAGCAGCCCAUUAGAGCUGAGAGACCAGAUUCAGGAAAAACAGAUUCAAGCUCACUCUCUCGAUCACAUAAGAGCAAAAACCACAACCGAAACCUGACCAGUCCUCCACCACCGCCCCGCCGCCCUUCAAAAGCUGAAAAACAAGAAGCUGCUUCAGGUAAAGAGCACCACAGGCAAUAUUCUCAGAUGUUCACUGAUGGUACCAGCACCAGCCCAGAAACUAUCCACACCAACUUCUCGAAACAAAAAGGGCGACAUCAGAGUAGUCAUGGCCCAUCCAGGAACUUUCAUAUUAAGCGGGAAUCACCGCCGCCUCUGCGAGCCGCAGGGCUUCAGACAGAGUCCCAGUCGAGUAAAUCAUCCACCAGUGCUAGUUCAGAGAAAAGUAACAGACCCAAACACAUGGGACACAGGAGGCAGUCCAAACCACACAGGGAUUCAUCUGGUUCCAUGGAUAGAGUUCAGAUGCUGGAGGAGUACAACAAAGAGCUACAUGAGAACCUGUUGCAGACAGUGGCAUGCAUUGAGAACAUGGAGGCAGAAUUGAAAUGUACCAAGACAGAGUUAGUCAGCUUUAAAGAGAAAUACAGAAGGCUACAGGAAAGCUAUUCUGUUUCUCAGCAGGCAAACAGUGUCUUGGAGCAGAAACUCAAAACUGCAGUAGACAGCUUGGACUCAGAGAGGAAGUUCCUCAUGCAGAGAAUUGCAGAUCUGACUAAACAGCUGGAUACGUCUCAGAAGACCAUCAGCUCUCUGGAAAACAUCAAUGUUCCCUCAAUGACUAGAGAGUUGUUGAAAAAUCACUUUGACUCUCAUGAAGCACCGGAGCACUUCUUAUGUUCUCAAACAUUUCCAGGCCAAACUGAUGGUGACCAAUCAGAGAGGGUGAAGGAGCUCAGAAACAACCAACCAUUUGAUGGAAAAGGGGAUGUUUUUGAAUGGCCACAGACUGGACACACAUGCUCAGGUGCCAGACAACAGCCUGUCACAGUCUUUCUGCCGUGGAAACAUGAUCAUGAUCCAUGGGCAGAGCCAGGGCAACUUGUGACUGAAGGAAGUGACUCACACCUUCCUUUUUCUUUUACUAAUGAUGUGCCAAUCCACAAAAUGAUGGCAGUUACAAAGGCACCAAGUCAUGAAGUGCACCAAUUAACCAUGAACACAGAGAUCCACUUAAUUCCCCCAAACCCAUUUAAUCUAGAUGAGAUAAGGCCCAGCAGACAGACAGGUGGAGAGGGAACUGUCACUGAUGUCAACUAUCUUACAGCUCAAAGGAUGCUGAAUGAGUUUUUGAAUCAGAUUCCUCCUCCAGUGAAUGAUGCUGAAGGGAAGGAUGCAGCAGACAUUUAAUUUGACGUCUGUGUGUAAACUGUAUUUGUAACAUUAAAAAUCUCUAACAUCUCCCAUUACCUAUAUUUCAGCAAGGAUGCAAAUAACUGUGGCUCUGAUGGGUCUGGUAUUUGUGAAAUACACUUAAUUUCUAUCUUAACAAGUACAAUUUCUCAAAAGUUAUCCUUAAUAUUAUUGUUUUUUUUUUUUUACCUUUUUGCCCUGGACAUUGUGAAAUAUUAAAAGAUUGGUUAGAAAUAAAAUAAUAUAGCUAGAUAUUCAUAUUAAUUUAUAGCUAACCAAAGUAUAAAGUUUGCCUUUAUAAAAUUAAAAUUAAACGGAGAGUGUAUUUAUUGUAUACUGUGACAUUUAGG